AGAACAAAAUACAGUAUGCGCGCCUUCGCUCUAAUCACCCUGUGUCUCGCGACCGUCGCAGCCAUCCCCACUAGUUCACAAAGGAUAGUGGGUGGGACUGUUACCACCAUAGACCAGUACCCCAGUAUGGUUGCAGGAUUGAUAAUGUAUUAUUGGGGUGAAUAUGGGCAAUGGUGUGGUGGAAGCAUUCUUAACAACCGAUCUGUUCUUAGCGCCGCCCAUUGUUUUUAUGAAGGGUCGGUCAGCGUUUACCGAUUUAGACUAGGUUCAUCUUGGGCCCAUAGCGGAGGUAUUGUUCAUAACAUUAAUGGUAUCAUCCUCCACCCUCUGUACUAUCCAGCAACUGCAGAUCACGACAUAUGUAUCUUGCGCUCUGCCUCUAACAUCAACUACAAUGAGUUAAGUCGCCCUGCUCCCAUCGCUGGCACUACAUAUAUUGUUCCCGAUAACGACUAUCUCUGGGCUGCGGGAUGGGGAGCCCAAUAUUACGGUGACACCUCUGAAGCUGACCAGCUGCGUCACGUUAAAGUCAUGAAAAUUGGCUUGGAAACUUGCCAGAAGCAAUACGCUGUUGAGAAUAUGGUCAUCACUGACAAAAUGCUGUGCUCUGGUUGGCCCACUGGAGGUCGCGAUCAGUGCCAGGGUGAUUCCGGCAGUCCUAUCUUUCACCACGGGGUCGUCGUAGGUGUCUGCUCUUUUGGUUACGAGUGUGGGCGCGCUGACUUCCCUGGCGUCAACAUGCGCGUCGCCAGCUACACUAACUGGAUCUUGGAUAACGCAUAAAAUUUGAUUUGAAAUAAAUUGAAUACAUUUCUACAAACUG